AUGGCUGCUCCUGCACCUCAAGCACAUGAGGCCAGCCCCCCUUCGUCCAAGAAGGCGAACUCCAAGGCAGCCUCCAGGCCCGGGGAGCGCGGCGACAAGGAGAUCUCCUUCAGCGCGUUGGCCAAGCAGAAGCAGGAGGAGAGGAUGCAGGCUGAGAAGACCAAGCGUGAGGAGGCUCGCGUGAAGCGAAGAGAGGAGCUACGGCGACAGCAGGAAGAGGCAGAGGAAGAAGAGAGGCGAGAAAGAGAAGAGGAGGAGCGUGCAAAGAGAAGGAAGGUGGAGGAAGCCAUGAAGCAGGUGAAGCAGAAGCAGGAAGAGGCGAGAAGACAGAAGCUUCGGGAAAAGCUCGAGGCGAAGCAGCAGCGAGCGAAGGAGCGCGAGCAGAAGCGCGUCGAAGUAGAGGAGCAGCAGAAGCUCCAAAAGGAGAGGGAGAGCGCCCGGAAGCGGCAGGAGGAGGAGCUGGCAGCGCAGCUGGCGCAGGCUCAACGUGAGGAGGUUGAGACGCAGAAGGCUCUGGAGGAUCUCAAGCGCAAGGCGCAGGAGAUCGCUGGCCGCUGCGUGGACCUCCAGCGGCAGUUGGCGGGGCUUGCCAAAGAGCGCGAUGAGGCGCCGGCGCCGACCGAGCGAAAGGAGGACGCCAGCAUGGUGUCCAGUGACAGCCAGGAGGAGGAGGAAGAGGAAGAGCUCGAGGAGGAUGACGAGGUGGUGGAGCCCAAGGAGCCACAGGCCACUAAGCCAUCCGCGCCUCUAAAGGUGCCCGAGCUGCCACCUCCUCGUGCCCCAGAGAAGCUGGCAGAGUCUGGGAGUGAGGACGAGUACACGGACGAGGAGGAGGAGCCUCUUCCGAAAGGAGCAGCGCCAAAGGCAGCGCCCAAGUCAGCACCCAAGGCGGAGCCGGGGCCAAAGGCGGAGCCCAAGGCGGAGCCCAAGGCGGAGCCCAAGGUCUCCCGGGCCGCCGCGGCGAAGGCGGCCGCGGCGCCCAAGGGCAAGGCCCGCGCGGUGCGGGGCGCCGAGCCCAAGCGCCGGGCCAAGGCCGACCGGCAAAUACAGGAUGCGCGGACGCAGCAGGCUGGCAGCGUUGCGGAAGACCCCAGGACUUACACCGCUCCGAAGGCUGGGGGGAUGGCGACGCUUGAGCGGUUGAGCGGUGAUGGUGGUGGUUCCUUCCAGACGGGCCCGAAGUGA